AUGAUGCAGAACGGCAGGGACGAUGAGGAUGGUCAGAGGGAGAGGGGUAGCAGCGAUAGUGAAAGCGAGCCCUUUCUGUCUGAGCGGGUGAUGGAGUUUAGACUAAAGAUGGCUCAGGAACGUCGCCGGAGCCUUGCCCUUGAACUGGAGCUCGCCAGGGCCCGUACAACGUCACCGUCGAGUGGUCGGGACGGCAGUGGCAGUGCGCUUGAGAAUGACAGAAACACGGAAUGGCGGAAAUAUUCAAAAUUAUUAGUUGGUGCUUUCCCCAAAUUUCCCACAGACGCCGAGGUCCCCAUUUGGUUCGAAUCUGUAGAGCACACCUUGGAGGCCUACGAGGUGCCGCGAAGCUGUUGGGGUCAGAUAGUUUUUCCGCUCCUAGCGGAGCGCAUCGAGUACCUGUCAACACGUCUGACCCCCGCACAGCACCGUGAUUAUGAAGCUUUAAAGGAAGUCGUCCUUGAUGAGCUGCAGUUGUCUCCCCUUGAAUAUCAAAAAAGGUUUUUCGGGGUACGGAAGCGGAAGACCGAGACGUGGAAGAGUUUCACGACACGUCUUGCCAGUUACCUAAAUUUUUACGUGGCAUCUAGGGACGUGUCAAAUUUUGCGGAGCUGCUAGAACUCUUGGUGGCUGACCAGCUGAAGACAGUGUUGUCGGAAGAGGCGCUCAGGUACGUCAGGCUGCGAGAAGGUGCAGGGUGGUACAAGGCGUCCGAAAUUGCUAGACUUUUACAAACUUUUGAGGACGCUCACGGCCGCGGGGACCUACCUAAGGGGCAACCCCGGGGCGCCGGCAGUAAGGGCCCAGAAAUUACAAUUGAGAACCGCAGCAGCAGUGGUUUGGUUUCGCACCAAGGACAGAGGACAAAACCAAAAUCCCCGUGUCCACCCGCAGGACAGCAGAGGCCAACAAUUUGCUUUGAGUGCGGGUCGGCCGGGCACAUUAGACCAAAUUGUCCGCGCAUCCGCGAAAGGCUGGCGCAGACGGCCGCCCAGCAGGAACAGCCAGAGAGGCUCACCGCUCGGGUCGCGCUAGAGAACCCAGCUGCGGGUGACCGCUUGUUGUGUGUAGCUCUCAAUUGUAGGGGCCGAACAAUGAAAGCAAUAGUGGAUACGGGUGCCGAGAUAACUGUAGUUCGCGAAAGUGCGGUACCACCGGAAUUAGCACAGUCGCAUGGCAGUGUAGGUCUCCGCGCAGCUUUUGGCGAACGAGUUGAAGCAAAACUCGUGGCGCUACCACUGACACUAAAACAGGGCCAACCCGUGUUUUCCAAAGUGGAGGAGGCGACGCCAGUAUUGUGCGCACUCACGGAUAGGCUGAGCGUGAGCGCGGAUUGCCUGCUUUCAGCAGAGGACUGGAGCGCGCUCCAGCAGGGUCGGGACGAGGCUUGCGAGCCGCCCACCAAAAAACUCCCGCGGAGCAGCAGCGAAGAGCUGGUUACAGCCGUAGGACUCGAUGGGGGACAGGUUAAUCCCGAAAACCCGGUUAGCGUUGCGAGCAAGGCCGAUGCGCUGCAUUCAAACGAGGAAGGGGCACAAGAAGAAUCCAAUCGUAGCUCCGAUACAGUGAAGGGUGAUGCCGGGACGUUACGUGAGGAACAAAAGAGUGAUGCCACUCUCAGCAGGGCCUGGAAAAAUGCGGAAGAAGGAAAGGGUGGCAUGAUCGUGAUUGAUGGUCUGCUUUACCACCGCGACCACGUAUUGGGACAGCCGGUAAAACAGCUAGUUUUACCUACGACGCGGCGCGCGGAGGUACUUAGUCUCGCCCACGAGUCAUGCUGGGGCGGCCACCUUGGCUGUCGCAAGACGAGAGCGAGGAUUAAGCUUAGUUUCUUUUGGCCAGGCGUCGAAAAAGAUGUUCAGGCAUUCUGCAACAGUUGCCACGGGUGUCAAAUCAGAGCAGACAAAAGACAAUCAGAUCGAGUGCCCAUCACGCCUCUAGUAAGGCCGCAGUACCCUUUUCAGAAGGUAAACCUAGACGUUAUAGGGCCGAUCGAUCCCCCUAGCAGUCGCGGCCAUCGCUACGCCUUGUGCAUUAUAGAUCUUUGCUCCCGCUGGCCUGAGGUCGUGUGCCUCACAUCAUUAACAGCCAAGGCAACCUGCGACGCGAUGUUAGGAGUUUUUAGCAGAACCGGGAUACCAGAGGUAGUUUGUUCCGAUUGCGGAACGAAUUUUACCGCCUCAGUCACUAAUGAGUUUCUCUCGCGCCUCGGCUGUUCACGUCGCUUUUCCACGCCUGACCACCCGGAAAGCAACGGAGCGGUGGAGCGGUGGAACCGAGUGUUCAAAAACAUGCUGUUUCACGUGAUCAGCAAACAGGGGAGAGAGUGGGAUAAAUUUGUCCCCUUCCUGUUGUGGGCCUACAGAGAAGUCCUGCACGAUACUACGGGCGUGUCGCCAUUCCGUAUGAUGUAUGGGAGAGAACCAGUCGGCCCACUCGCCAUACUAAAACGAACGUGGUCAGGGGAGCAGGAGGUGCCCGCUUUGGUCGCAGAUAGACCCUCGCAGUACAUGCAGAAAUUGAAAAAGCAGCUACAGAUAGCAGCUGAGGCGGCCGACUUGACUACCACCAACCAGCAGAGGACAUAUGCCACUCAAUACAAUCUCCGCACGAAGGAAAAGGCAUUUCAGGUAGGGGACCAGGUGCUCGCGUUCGAUAGUAACCGCCUUGGUAGGAUGUACCCAAAGUGGCUGGGGCCUUGCACGGUCAAGGAGAAGUACAGGCAGCACUCUUAUUACAUUGAAACUCCGGAAGGAAGACGCAUGCUCGUUCACGCGAACCACUUGAGACCGUACACGUCGCGUGUGGCUAGCAUAGGCGUUAUAUUCCACGACGACCGCGAGUUUGGAGAGGUGGAGUACACGCCGCGUCCGGGUAGGGUUCUCGGCACUACGGCCCUCUUACCCGCAGACAGUAUAUCACAUUUGGAACCGCCGGAGCGAGCGUUAGUGAAUGAGGUGUUUCAAACACAUGCCGCCUUAUUUACGGCCGAAAUUGGGAUAGCGCGGGUGAACGAGCAUCGCAUAAAACUGAUGGAAGGAGCCGCGCCAAAGCGUUGCCGCCCCUAUCGCAUUCCGGUAGCCCUGAAGAGCGAAGUCUCCAAACAAAUAUCGGAACUACUAGAAUUAGGCCUGAUCUAUAGGUGUGAAAGCCCCUUUGCACAUCCGUUGGUGUGCGUCCCCAAGAAAGACGGCACAGUGAGACUGUGUGUUGAUUAUAGAAGCUUAAACGCGAUGACCGAGCCAGACGCAUUUCCUAUGGGAUUCCCACAGGAUUUAAUAAUGAACGUCGGGCAGGCUAGCCAUAUUACCCUUAUUGAUCUCCGUCGUGGUUAUUGGCAGGUGCCCUUAGCGGAAGACUCGCAGCGGGCUGCGGCGUUCGUGUCACACUUGGGUCAAUUCGCUUGGAGGGUGAUGCCAUUCGGUCUCAGGAACGCUGCAGCUAGCUUUCAGAGGAGCAUGAAUCAGCUGUUAGCACCGCACGAGGACUACGCCUGCGCAUAUUUGGACGACAUCGCUGUGUUCAGCAAGUCGAUACAGGAACAUAUCCGCCACCUUCACGCUGUUUUCUCAGCUCUGACAUCAGUGGGAUUGGUAGCGAACCUCGAAAAAUGUCAGGUGGCCCGUGGAUCUAUCCGCUAUCUUGGGCAUGUGGUAGGCUCCGGCAAGCAUGGCCCGGACCCUACUAAGCUCGCAGCCAUCAAGGGACUGCAGGUGCCGCGUACUAAAAAGGAAUUGAGAAGCGUCCUUGGCCUCUGUGGUUAUUACAGGGGAUACAUUUCAAAUUUCGCGGCCAUAGCGAAGCCGCUCACGCAGAUGACUGCUAAACACAUUUCCAAUCGCAUUCCGUGGUCUCCUGAGGCCAACGAGGCUUUCGAAGGUCUCAAAGGUGCUCUGUGCAGUGCCGUAGAGCUGGCGACUCCAGACUCGAGCAAGCCAUUUUGGCUGUUCACCGAUGCCUCUGCAAUUGCUGUGGGGGCAUGUCUAGCUCAGAUGACCGACAAUGGCACAGAGUGCCCCAUUGCUUUUGCCAGUCACCGCUUCACGCCCACUCAGAUGCGAUGGUCUACGAUUGAACGCGAGGCGUUUGGUGUCAUUUGGGGUCUCAAAAAGUUUGACACGUGGGUGUUUGGCACGAAAAUAUUUGUAGUAUCCGACCAUAACCCUCUUGCGUACCUCACUCAGUCCACGCCUCAGGGUGCAAAACUGACGCGUUGGGCUUUAGCGCUACAACGCUAUGAUGUAGUGGUGCAACACCGAAAGGGAAUCGCACAUACUAACGCCGACGCACUUUCGCGUCUGACAAACCAUUGCUGGGAAAAGGAUGUAAAAGAUAGGGAACCCGCAGUGACGGACAGUGGAGGCGAGGGAACAAGUGUGGUGUGA